AUGCACCUGCCUGGCCCCGCCCCGCCCACAGCGCUCCCGCCGCCUCCUACCCGCCCGGCCACCCCCUACUCCGCUGCCCCCCCGCCCCCCAACUCUCGGUCUUAUCCCGUCAUGCCCCUUAGCCGUCGCCCCCCUCCGCCACCCGGCUAUGGAAUCCCGCCGCUCAGCAUCCAUGCCGGCUCCGUCGAGCCCCAACCAACCGGACGAAACCACAACAUCACAACAAACCCGACGCAGGAAACCAGAACUGAAUGUCAGAGGCGGCGACCGGGUUGGCAGCAGCAGUUUAGUUACACGGAGCGAACCACGCCGAGAGUCCCUUGGCGGCUGGGGUCGGAGGAGGAGGAGAAGAAGAAGGACAGCAACGUCAACGAAAACAGAAGUCCAUCUGCAUCCCCGCACAACCAUCCUCAACCGCACACGAGGUUAACAACAUCGACCCAACGAAUUUCUUCAGCGCAGCGUGGCCUUCCUGCUGCCGGCGACCUCCGCCAUCUGACCACAGGCCUUAUUCGCACAGUCCGCCAUUUACCUGCAAAAGAAGACAAGAAGGCCGUUAACUUGAGCAACGUUCAGAUUUACGAGGUUUAA